GUGGUUCCCGGCUGCCCCUGCCGGCCCCGGGGGUGUGUCCGGCCGGUCCCGCUCCGGGCGCGGCUGCGGGCACGGCUCGGUGCGGCUGUCGGCCAUGGCCCCGGGGAAGGCCCCGUGCCGGCGGCGCAGCAGCGACUCGGGCGUGGAGCCGGACCGCGGGGCGCUGCCACGGGACAGGGACCAGCGCACCGCGCUCUCCCAGAAGAAGAGGGACCAGCGCAUCGCGCUCUUCCUCAGCGACUUCGACCAGCAGGCCAAGGAGCACAUCCAGGAGAUGAAGAAAGAGCUCGAUUCGCUUUUGCAGACAGCGGAGAAGGCGUUUGCGGUGGAGCUGCUGACGAUGCCGGCUGCCGUCAGGAAGAUGAAAAGGAAAGAGGUGCUGGAUUUGCAAGGACAUGAGGAAGUGGCUCUUGCUGCUGCAGUAACUGACUGCUCUGUAGAAGACAUGCCAAAUCCCAAACUGGUGAGGACCAACAGCAAAAAAGUGAAGGUAACUACAAUUGUUGAAUAUGAAGAUACCAAACACGGUUCUGCAAAGAAAAUAACUAAAAAAAUUUCCAAAACCAGGUCGCUGGUUUCACUAGCCUCUGGUUUAAGUGGCAAACUGAACCCUCUUUCUAGUGCCACAAAUCUCAAAGCCACUCCAAAGGGAGCUAAAAGUGCUGGAUUACAACAGACUGUCUCAAGAACUUUACCUGCCAGUGGAAGAGGUCAAGGCAUGUUAAAGAGAAGUAAAUCAGUACCCCAACAUAAAAGUGUUCCAUUUGUCAACAUUCCCCUGGCUGAUGGACAGACACUCUGUACAGCUGGUGGAGACCUGCGUAACAUUGAUGUGCAGCUCCUAAAUCAGGAUACAGUACAGCACAUCCAUAACCUGGUGGCUGAUGAAGCUACAGCUCAGUUUUGAGUCCUCUCACAAUCCAUUAUUCUGUGGCCCUUGCUGAGGAAGAAUUAUACACCUGUUAAAGUCCCUGCUGCAGUUGAACAGGAACUGCUUUAAUGGUUGUGAAGCAAAAUAAAGUGGAACAGAACUUUGUAGCACCUACUGCCCCAUCCUUCUUGAAGAUGAGGGUACCUGGGUAUUGUUUGAAGUAAUGGAAAUUAUCCAGACAGGAGAGAUGUUAACCAGUUUACAGCUGUGCAAGUAUAGAGCCAAGCUCAAGGUCUGGGAGCUGUGCUGUGGUUUUUGUUAUGGCCCUGCCGCUGUAGGCAGACAGUGGGGAGUGAGUAAGUGCUCACUGCUUGCUUUAACAGUAGGGAUCUUUCUUCCAAGUUCUUUUGGGCUGCUUGAGCUAAAAUCAAUUUUCCUC